AUGGUUGUAUUAGCCGCCUCAAUUACCACUCGUAAUGGGAAACCAUUGUUAUCUAGACAAUUCAGAGAACUUACCAAGGACCGUGUCAUGGAACUAUUGUCUAAUUUUCAAGGUUUAGUCUCUAGCAUUUCUUCAGAUCACACUUUCGUAGAAGAUGAACAUGUUAGGUACGUCUAUAAACCAUUUGAUGAUUAUUAUAUCAUUCUGAUCACCAAUCGUCAAUCUAAUAUCAUUCAAGAUUUAUCCACUUUGAACCUUUUCUCUCAAACUGUUAAUUCUUAUUUGUCAAGUUACGAUGAAACUGAGUUAUACGAUAAUGCCUUUGAAAUUUUGAGUUCUUUUGAUGAAAUUGUCGUCAUGGGCUACAAGGAAAAUUUAACCGCAGCUCAAGUCAGCACAUACUUAUCCAUGGAAUCUCAUGAAGAAAGAAUUCAAGAGAUCAUUGAACGUAACAAGGAAUUAGAAGCUACUGAGGAAAGAAAGCGUCGUGCAAAGGAAAUUGCUAGGAGAGAGCAUGAGAGAAAGGCAGGUAUUUAUCCUUCAGAAGUUAACGUUCCUCUAACUAAUAAGUUUGCUGGAAGCAGUGAUCCUAACGUUACUAAUGCUUACAACAGUUAUUACAGUAACGCAUCAGCUGCAGCACAACAAUCUUAUUUGCACUCUCAGCAACCACAGGAAGCACCUCAAUCAAUGUAUGGGCCAUCAGGUACAGGUAUGAAACUAUCUGCUAAAAAUUCAAUUAUGAAUGAUGCACAAAGAAGGCCAAUGACCACCCGUCCAUCAAUGGUUACCAGACUACCACAGGCUCCAGCUAUGGUUGGUGGCGAGAAAGAUGAAGAAGAGCAACGUACAAAUAAUGGUAUAUUAAUCACCAUAAAUGAGACCAUUAAUGCAGAAAUUACUCGUGAUGGUAACAUUUCUUCUUCUGAAUUGAAAGGUGUUCUUGAACUACGUAUCAAUGAUGCAUCAUUGGCUCAUUCACAAUUAGCAUUAUUGGAUUCUAUCAACGUAAAGGAUAAGGCCUUCCAAUUUAAGACACAUCCAAACAUUGACAAAAAUAAAUUUUUAUCUUCAAAAUUAAUCUCUCUAAGAGACGCAAAAAAAUCAUUUCCUUCUAAUGAUCAUAGCUUAGGUGUCUUGAGAUGGCGAAAAGUUUGCUCUGCUGAUGACACCUCACUAAUUCCAUUAAAUGUCUCUGCUUGGGUAACACCAUCUGAUAACGGUGAAGGUAUAUUCGAUGUCACUCUAGAAUUAGAAAUAACAGAAGAAUAUGGCCAAGAAUUAGAAAAUGUGUCGUUCGUCCUUCCAGUGGUAACAGAAAAUGUUAAGAUAAAUGAUGAAUCUAAUGAUUUCAAUGCCAGGAUUGCUGGAAUGGAUGAAGAAGUUGGUAUUACUAUAAAGCUAGAUUCUUCAAUUACUCCAGGUUCAUCUGGUGUCGUGGCAUUUACCGUAGAAGCCGGUUUAGAAGAUGCCAUGUUCCCAAUUACUGUUGGCUUCAAACAUGUGGACGAAUCUGGUAAGAGUCUAACUGGUGUCGGUAUUGCUAACGUUACCACAAUGGCCGGUGAAGAACAAGAAGAAGGUGAAGAAUUACCAUACGAAGCUGUGGCAGUCUUGAAGACAGAAGAAUACUUAGUUGUUUGA